GCGGUGCGUCGUUGCUUUGCGCGUCCCACACUCCUCUUUCUAUAAUGCUUGGACGAGAAAAAAAGUUUAUUUAUUAUUAAGAGAGAGAGAGAGACUCUGCAGUAUCAUAGACCUUUUCAACUUUUUCAGUUACUAUUUCUAUUCAUUCAAAAUCUAUCCAUUCUUUUUUUAAUUCCCCCCCACUAUAAAUAUGUAUCCUUUCACACCAAGCUCUUGCCAGACAACUCUGAUUCUAUGCCUACGUCUUCCUCCAAAUCACAACACACCCAAUUACACCCUCUGUUCUCUGCAAAUGCGGUGAAGGAGAACACUUGGCUUUAAUUUGGAUCUGGAUAUGGCGAUUGAAGCACAGUUGUAUCCCAACAAUGCUCCUCCGUUUCCUUUUCACGUGUCAAGGGUAGACAAAUCUCCAGCAGCAUAUAGUCAUAGUCAUAGGCAACAACAACCAGGUGGCUGGCAGAUGAAUCAGAACAUUCCUCUUGUUCCUCCCAACUUUUCUUGUUUUUCCAAUUCCAAUUCCAAUUCCAAUUCCAAUGUCCUCCAAAACGCCUUCAAUAAGAAUGUUGUUCAGCCUUCAGCCUCAUAUCCUCAAUGCUUGGCUAUUGAGUUUGAUCAACAGAGGGAGAUUGAUCACCAUAUCAGAUCACAUAACGAAAAAUUGAGGAUUUUGUUGCAAGAGCAAAGGAAACAGCAUGUGGCAGAGUUAUUGAAGAAGGUGGAAUCGAAUGCUCUUCAUUUGUUGAGACAGAAAGAUGAAGAAAUAGCGCAGGCAACAAAGAAAAGCACCGAGUUGAAAGAAUUUAUGACAAGGUUGGAGGUGGAGAACCAAUCAUGGCGUAAGGUAGCCGAGGAAAACGAGGCUAUGGUAUUGUCCCUUCACAACACCUUAGAAGAUAUGAAAGAAAGAGCUCUGUAUCGGGUGACAAAAGAGGAUGCAGAGUCGUGUUGCGAUGAAAACAUGAGAAACAGGGCAAUGGAAGAAGGAACAGGAGAAAACAGACUGUGCGGUGGUGGUGGCGCUGGUGGGGUAGAAGAGGUUGAGCAAAUUAGGAAAAGGACAAUGGAUUGCAAAUGUUGUAAUUCUCAAAAUUCGUGCUUUAUGUUUCUUCCUUGCAGACACCUCUGUUCGUGUAAAACUUGUGAGCCUUUUCUGCAAGUUUGCCCUGUUUGUAGUAUGCCUAAAAAGUCUAGCAUAGAGACAUUAAUUGUAUAGGCUGAAUGAUCUCUUCAAUAUGACAUCAUUUUAAUUUUUAUACAAAAAAUUGCUUAAUUGUCAGUAUUAAGAUUUCCAGUCAGUUGCUAUCAAUUUUGUGUGUUCCAAUACAUGAUUUGGUAUCAUUGCAAAAAAUGCACUAA